AUGAAUUACUUAAUAGUCUUCUUUACCUUACUGGUAGCUAAGGGUAAAGACCUCGAAUGCCAUCUAUCUGUUUGCCCAGAUAUUAGAGUAAUUUUAAUUUAGAAAGGGAAUCACAAAUGUGAUCCUGGGUGCAUGAUUUCAUACUGCAACUUUGACACAAUGCUAAGUAUUGAUGGAAAAAUUAACAAAGAAAAUUCAGACUGCUAUGAGAUUUGCGCAAAUUUUGACGGCUGUAGCCCAGAAAAACUUGGAAAUGGGAUAUGUGAUGAUUCUUGUAAUACAGAAAACUGCGGAUUUGAUUGAGGAGAUUGCACUUGUGCUCCUGGCUGUUUAGACUCUAUGCUCGGAGAUGGAAACUGUGAUGAAGCUUGCAAUAAUUGAGACUGCGACCUUGAUAAUCACGAUUGUGGGCUUUGCGCAGAUGGAUGCUUUCCAAUUAUGCUUGGAAAUGGAGCUUGUAACCCAGAAUGCAAUAAUGAAGGUUGUUUAUAUGAUUACAAAGAUUGUCAAUGCGCAGAAAAUUGCUUAUGGACUGAUUAUGGAAGCUGCAAGCCCGAAUGCAUGGUAGCAAGCUGCAACUAUGGCAAUAUGACUCAAUAUCCAGAUAAUCAAUGCCAAAACACCUCUUUAGCUAUUUUUUCUUCUUAUCAACAGAUUAUACGUAACAACUUUUCUUAUAUUGUGCAUCUAGAAGACUGCUAUGAAGCGUCAAACCACGAAUGCACUCUCGAAAAAGCUUUUAAUUUUGAAAAUUGUUAUCAAGAAUGCCACAUUCUUGAGUGCAACUAUGCAAAUGGAAACUGUGAUUAUGCUUGAUACUCCCCAUGAUGCAAAGGCGUGUUUCCGGAUUCUGAGGAUUUUUGAUGUAUAUCUUGUAUAAGAAAAUGGUUUGAUACUCCUUAUACUAAGACCUGAAUGAAUGGCAAAUGCGCCUUAGCGCCAUCAGUACAUAUCAUCCCAUCACUUUUUCCAGACGACACUUUUGCAGUCGUUCCUUUUAUUGAUACUUCUUCAGCGAAAAUUCCUCAUAUUUACUUUGUAUGUCCUAUUGCAAACUCAAGUCCUGAUUCUGGAGAUGGAAGUUACUACUCCCCCUUUAGAUCCUUUUCCUUUGCUACAAAUAGAAUUUCACAUAAAUAUUCAAUUGUUUAUUUAUUGGAAUGUGAUGGAUACAAUUUAACGAUUCCCUAUAAUGGGUUUUCAGCUGACUUUCUUGUAUUUUAUGAUGCAUAUACUUUUGAUGGAAAAAGUGUAAAGUUUACCCCAUUAAAUAACUCAAAAAUAACUUUAAGAAGAAAUCUAGAUGAUAGGGACAGUAAUAACAAUGACCCUUUUGGAUUUUUAUUUAUAAAACCCUUGAGAAUCGAAAUAAGUAACAUAAUUUUCGAUUGAAGCAAUACUGUUUCAACUUGCAAUAAUGAGAGGUAUUGUGAUUAUUGCCCUUAUGUGACAUAUAAUUUAGAAUUAAAUAUUAAAUAUAGUGAUCAAGGCGAAAUUAUUGAUGAUUUCCUUCCUUCAGACUGAUGCAAAAGAGAUGAAGCCCUGAAUUUUAUAGAACUUCGAAAUGGCAAUCUCAUACUUAAAAAUGUAUCUUUUGUAAACUUCCGGAAUGGCUUUAAAACUAUUUUAUAUAUAACAACUGACAGCAAUGUCACUUUUAGUGAUGUGACCUUUGAUAAUAUAAAAGUAAGCGAUAAUUAUAAUUCGUGAGUUAUAUGAUGGGAUGGGGCAAGUAAAGGAAAUUUUAAAUUUGAAAAUGGAGUGGUAAGUAGGCUUAAUAAUGGAUAUGAGCUAAAUGAUCCUAUAAAUACAAAGGGGUUUAUGAACGCGACUAACAUUAACUCGAUCGUUUUAAGGAAUGUGGAAUUUAGAAAUAAUGCAAUAUUCAAAAACUAUGUAGAUGGUGUGAGAGUUGCCUCGCUAUUUUUCAUAAAUCCGUUUCAAGUUCUUUGAGUAGAAUCUUGCAAUUUUAUAUAUAAUUAUUGCGACUUAGGAAUAUUUAAUAUCAAACAGCAAUUGGACAAUUGACCAAUGGAAAUUGAUGAUUCUGGGAUCUUUAUUCACUCGAAACAAAAUCACAUACAUAUUUUCAACUCGAAUUUUUCAUCAAAUUAUGGAAUUACUGCUGGAGUUCUAUAUGUUUUAUAUGAGUUUGAAGGCCAGAAUGUUGUCAUUGAAAACUGCUCAUUUACUUUAAAUGGGAUUGAAAGUGGAGCUUUAAUACACAUUGAGAGCAAUUAUGCUGAUGAAAGCUAUUUAAUAGAUCGAAAAGUUAGUGUAUCUAUGUCUGAUGGAAGCAUUAUUGAAGGAGACUACUUAGCGAAAAGAGUAAAGCUUUCAAAUUUAAAUUUUACAAAAAACUAUUCUGGAGAAAACGGAGUAAUCGAAAUUUUAAAAAUGGUGAAUAUCGAAUGAGUUAAUAUCAGGAUAGAGUCAAAUGGGCUCAUUUUAUCGGAGGCGAUGAAUGUCAAUUCAAUCCUUUUAAAAUAUUAUAUAGAUAAUCCACAAAUGUAUGCUAAGCACAAUAUCAGUAAUCCUAAUGAUUUGAACUGCCAAUCCCUUUCAAUGGUAUCAAAUUCUAUUCAUUUCAGCAUUGAGAAAGUAAAUAUUAUUAAUAACGUUUGCAUGUACUCUUCUCCAAGUAUCAUUGUUUCUAAUACAACCAAGAGUGCAAUAAGGUCUGCAUCUUUUUAUGAUAAUAAAGGAGCUGGAAGUUAUGGUAUUUGUUUAGCAUUUCUUGGAGAUAUACUUUACGAAAUUAUGAAUUCUGAGUUUUAUACAAAUAUUAAUUACCAAUCAGGGAGUCCUGGAGCUAUUAGUUGCCUCUCAAGCUUGUCAAUAAAAAAUUGCACAUUUUCGGAUAAUAUUGGUACUUUAUAUUUCGGAGGCCAAAAUCUCACUCCCCCUUUAAAUUGGAUUAAAAUAUCCAUUUUUUAAUACUUUUGCCCUCAUCUAACAGAAAAAAAAAAUUAAUUGAGAAAAUUUCAUACUAAUCUUUUAUUAAAUUUAUUUUUGACCUAAUUAGAAUACCUUUAAAUAUUAAAAAUUAUUAAAGUGGUCAAUUUAAAUUUUUAGUAUUUAAAUAUUUACAAAACAAUUAACCCAUUUUAAAUUAUCCAGGAUUUUUUGCUCAAAAUUUAAAAGGGAAAGCCAGCAUUUUUUCUUCCAAUUUUGAUUCUAAUAUUUCUCCUUCAUCAAAUGGUGGCGCUAUUUCUCUCUCAAUCGCCCAAGACAAUAUAUAUAAUUCAAUGCUUUUUAUUUCAAAUACAACUUUUGCAAAUAACUCUUGCUCUUUUAGUGGAGGUGCGAUUUAUAUUGACAGAACCAUUUAUUUGAAUUUGCUAUUAGCAUUAAAUAUUGAAGACACAAAUUUUUAUCAUAAUAAAGCCAUUGAUGGUUCUUGCAUCUAUAUAGAUAAUACCGUGGCACUUACUUUAGAUUCUUCAAUUAAGAAUUGCUCUUUUUGAGCAAAUGAAGCAAGCUUUUCAGGCACUAUUUCUGCCUCUUAUAUAUAUGGAAUAUUGAUUUUUGACACUUGCAAUUUUGUUAGAAACACAGGAGUUUAUAGUUCAGGAUUUAAUAUAGCUAUAGGUGAAAAUAAAGAAGAAAACCCUUCAAAAUUAUUUCUAAAUUCCUGUAUUUUCCAGUUUAAUUCUGGAAAUAGAACAAUUUCUAUGGAUGAUGGCAAUAUAAACUCUACCUUAGAGGUUAAUGAUUGCUUGCUUGAAUAUAAUAUUGGCUCGAUAUUUACACUUGAUAAUGACUAUGCAGUUGUCGAAAACUCAAAAAUUCAGCACAAUUAUUCCCCUAAUUCUGGUGGGGCUUUAAGCCUUAAAAACUUAGGAAUUUUUAUAUCUAAAGAUACGACUUUUUUAAAUUGUAGCAGUGAUUUGAAUGGCGGAGUUGCUUCUAUCAGCCUGAAAUCUCAAUUCUUUUGUUUUUCAUGCUUCUUUAGUUAUAAUUAUGCUAAUUUUUCAGGAGGUGUAAUUUAUGCCGACUCGGAUGCUCGGUUUUAUAUAGAUGAUUCCAUUAUUAGUCAAAACUCAUGCAAAGAUAAAGGAUCAGCCAUAUUUAUGGCCAGUUCUUUAGCUAAUUCGUCAAUAAGCAAUACAGAAAUAUUUGAAAAUCAUGCAUAUAGUGAUGGAACGAUGUUUAUUUUAUCGUCAUCAUUGUCUAUAUUUUCCUCAAAAGUUUAUAAAAAUAAAGCUGAUGAAAAAAAUCCAGGAUUAUAUAUUGACGAUUCAAUCGCUAUAAUAACUGAUACUCAUUUUUAUCAGCAAAGUGGAAAUGAAGGAUGCUUUAUUUAUAUGGGUACAAGCUACGUACAAAUUACUGGCUCAGCCUUUUAUGAAGGUUUUUCAAACAAUUCUGGAAUAGCGAUACAUGCAACCUCUAGUAGUGUAGAAAUUUCUUCUUCGGCAUUUUCUAAUUUAUUUUCUAAUAAUACUGGCGGAACAAUUUAUUUAUAUGAAGAUAGCACUCUUUCUAUAGAUAAUUCAGAGUUUUUGAAUUCUGGUUCAUCAAUUGAUUCAUAUUCAAGCUCGAUUUUAAUAGAAAGUACUCUAUUUAAGAAUCAUUCAAAUACGGCUAUAUAUGCAAACCAAAUUGAAGUGCUGCAAAUAUUAAGCUCAGAAUUUUUAGACAAUUAUGGAAGCAAUGGUGGAGCUGUAUACUGCACUCAAUGUCAUAUUAUUGCAGUUAUUUCAUCAAAUUUUGCCAGUAACUAUGGAAGAAAUGGUGGAGCAAUUUAUGUUACAAACUUAUCAGAUCAUCCUGAAACCUCCCAACUUAUUAUUGCAUCUUCAAACUUUAAUUCAAAUGCAGCUAGCAAUGGCGGAGCAGUCUGAACGAACAAUAUUAAUUUAAUAGUUUCCUCAUCAAUUUUUAUAGAAAACAGAGCUGAGUUAUUUCAAUCAAAGAACCUUAAAGAAAUAUCAGAUGGUCUAGGAGGUGCGAUAAAAAUAAGCUGUCAAGGCUCAAAUGUUAUUUGCAAUUUUAAUUUUUUAUCCAAUUCGUUUAUAAAUAAUAGUGCAACUCAUAAUGGUGGGGCCAUUAACUGAGACGAUUCAAAACCAACUAUUGAAAAUAAUAUUUUUGAAAAUAACAAAGCAUCAUACGGCCCUGAUAUUGCAUCUUUUCCUAUAAUGAUGAUUUUUCUAAGUAAUAACUCAAGAAAUUUAGAAAGAAAAGUUGCUUCAGAAGAUAGCAAGCUAACAUUAAAUAAUAUUGCUUCAGGCCAGAAUAAUAAUCCUCCUUUGGCUUUUAUUUUAGUUGACGAUCUUAACCAAAUAGUUACAACAGAUACUACAAGUCAAGCACAGAUAAAUGCAGCAAAUGGUGGCACAAUUAUAUCUGGCACAACAAUGGUCUACGCAAAAAAUGGGAUUUAUUAUUUUGAUGACUAUAUAAUUUCAGCUGAGCCAGGCUCUUCUGUGUAUAUUGAUAUAGUUUCUUCAGGAAUAGAUACACGAAAAAUGAAUACAUCAAGAGAAAGCCUCCGAAUGUCAUCGAGCUUUUCUAUAAAUGUGAAUUUGCGUUUAUGUGAAGUAGGAGAAGCUACUGUUGGCUUAAUUUGUGAAAUUUGUCCAAAAUUUUAUUAUAAUAUUGAUGUCAGAGUGUCUAAGUGUUUAGACUGCCCAUCCUCUGCGAUUUGUUAUGGAAAUUUUACAAUGGUUCCAAAAUCAGGAUAUUGAAGAGACAAUGAGUUCACAGACAAGUUUUGGAAGUGCCCUUAUCCUCCUGCCUGCUUAGGAUCUCCGAAUAUUUCAGAUUUGGCUUUAACUGGUGUUUGCAAAAAAGGAUAUGAAAAUAACAUGUGCCACUCGUGUGAAAAUGGAUACUCAAGGUUAUACACAGAUGAAUGCCAAGUUUGUCCUGAUACAGUGAGCAAUGUUUUUAGAUGAAUCGGAAUUUCUGCUUUUUUGAUUUUUACCUUAGUAUUUAUUUUAAAAACAACAAGAGACUCAUGAUAUAAGCAAAAGUCUUUUUCUGCAGUUUAUUUAAAAAUCUUUUGGAAUUAUUUGCAAAUCAUGCUCAUAUUAGCAACUUAUAACUUAAAUUGGCCAUACGAAGUAAUUGAAUUGUUUUACAUUCAGACUUCUAUCGAUUAUAUAGGAGCACAGCUCUUUUCUUUUGAUUGUUUUUUACAAUUAUCGAAUUCAAAAAGCAAGAUUUAUUAUCUAAAAAUUUUGAUCACGAGCUUGACUCCUUUCGUUAUGGCAUUUUUAUGUAUGGCUAUAUGAAUUUUAAUUUAUAAAAUCAAAAAAGAGCGAAUUAAAGAAAUAAAAGAUGAUUAUAUUUCUACUUGCAUUGUAUUGCUAUUCUUAAUACAUCCAAGUAUAAUAGACACAAUGUUCAGCGCUUUUAGUUGCAGAGAAAUAAAUUCCGGAGAGCUUUGGCUUAAUGCAGACCUUGGAAUUCGAUGCUGAGAUGACAACCAUCUUUUCUAUGGCUUUAUACUUGCUCUGCCUACAAUAAUUAUAUGAGUUAUUGCAGUGCCAUUACUUGCCUUUUUAAAUUUAAUAAAAAAUAAGAAGCACUUACUAUCCUUCAUAAAUAAAACUGAUUACAAUAGAAAAAUCUAUAAUUUUUAGGGCAUUAUACGUUUUUUGUAUAAUAUUUUUAUAAAUUAAUAAUUCUGACUUUUUAAAAAUGUAAAUUUACACUUUCCAAAUUUGAAUAUAAAUUUAUUAAAUAUAAACAGUUAUAUAUCCUUAUGAUAUCAAUUGAAAUUUCCAAAAUUAUAAUAAAUUUAGGAAUUAAAAAAUAAAUCUUACUCGCUCUCAAAUAGAGCGCUAGAAGAAAUAUGGAUGAAAAAGAGAUAUUCAUUUCUAUGCGACGGCUAUAAUUCAAAACAUUAUUAUUGAGAAUUCUUAAUUUUAUACUACAAAGUGAUAUUAAUCAGUUGCUCACUCCCUCCUUCGUGAAAGAACCAACAUAUUUUGCUCGCUUGAAGGUUAAUCUAAAAUUAAUAAUAAAUAUUUUUUUAAAUUUAAAAAAAUCACGAUUCACAAAAAAUUGAAACCUAAUAUUUAUUUAAUUUGUAAAUUAUAUAUUUUAAAUUGCUUUUUGUUUAAAAUUAAACAGAAUUAGUCAGAGAUUUCAUUAUGUUAAUUAUCACUUCCACAUCAAAAUAUUUUGUUUCAUAAAAAAAUUUAUAUUAAAAAGUUUUAUUUGUUCAUGAGGGUGGGCUUAGGCAAAAUAACAAAGAUUUUUCCAAAGCUUUUGUUUGCUCACGGAGGGGGAGUCAGUAUUUUUGUCAAAUAUCUCGACCAAUAUUCAAGCGCUUACAGCAGCACUGUUUUUUGUGCUAUUUCUUUAUCUUCAUACUAGAAACGAACCAUUUAGUGAAGCAUUUUUCAAUAAAACAGAAACAUUUUCUAGACUUGCGUCUCUAAUAUCAAUACUUAUUGGCCUUUGCUUUUUAACAAAUGAUUUAGGUGCUGCUGCUAAUUAUUUUUUAGUUGCCGUCUUUAUAAUUGCAAAUGCUUUAUUUAUAUUUUACAUCUUGAUAAACUUCUUGUUACAAUUUGCUAUUACAAAUAGAUUUAUGACUAUAAUAAAAAGAAUUUUCAAUUCAAAGGAGGAAAAAUACAUUAUAAGCAUUGUUCCUUGUGAUAAAAGUGGCCAAUCUCAAAGCUAUGAAGAUGAGAAAAAUCAUACAGGAAAACUUGCCAGCACUAUGGUUUAUUCUGGUCACACAAAAAUUGAAAAUAUAAAGAUGAUUAGAGAAGAUUUAGGUAGUUCAAAUGAAAUUGACCCUUUUGCUUCAGAACAAAGCAUAUCCGCUUUUAAUUAA